AUGGCUGACACCUGCUACUCCAGGACCUGUGUUCCAGCUCCAUCCACCAUGUCCGUCUGCUCUAGCGAAAGGAGUUAUGGCAGCCGCAUCUGCCUGCCCAGUGCUCGCACUGACUCUUCCUGGCAGGUGGAUGACUGCCCUGAGAGCUACUGUGAGCCCUCCUGCUGUGCCCCCACCUCCUGCCAGUCCUCCUGCUGUGCUCCCACCUGCUGUGCUCCAGCUCCCUGCCUAACCCUUCUCUGCACCCCCGUGAAUUGUGUGUCCAACCCCUGCUGCCAGGCAGUCUGUGAGUCCAGCCCUUGUGAACUGAUCUGCACCAGCUCCUGUGAGCCCUCCUGCUGCCAGCAGUCUAGCUGCCAGCCUGCAUGCUGCACACCCUGUCAGCAGGCCUGCUGUAUGCCUGUCUGCUGUAAGCCUGUCUGCUGUAAGCCUGUCUGCUGUAAGCCUGUGUGCUGCAAGCCUGUCUGCUGCGAGCCUGUCUGCUGUGAGCCUGUCUGCUGUGGGGCUACCUCCUGCCCAUCCUCAUCAUGCUGCCAGCCCCCUGACUGCAGCCCCUCCUGCUGCAGACCAUCCUCUUGUGUGUCUCUCAUCUGUCGCCCUGUGUGUAAGCCCACCUGCUGUGUGCCCACCUCCUCCUGUGGUGCCCCUGCCUCCUCCUGUGUGUCCCUGCUCUGCCGUCCUGUGUGCCCCCGUUUGGCCUGCUGUGGCCCCUCAUCCAGCCAGAAGUCCUGUUGCUGA